AUGCAAGCCACGGUUCCCAUGCCCGUCGCUUAUCCUCCUCCCAUGUACCAACAGCCUAUGCAGCCCAUGCAGCCUAUGCAGCCCAUGCAACCCAUGCAGCCUAUGCAACCCAUGCAGCCUAUGCAACCUAUGCAACCUGUUAGAACAGCCCGAACCCGAACGACACGUACCAUGCAGCCUAUUCAGCCUAUUCAGCCCAUUCAACCUGCCCAGCCUGUCCAGCCUGUCCAGCCUGUCCAACCUGUCCAGUCCGCUCAGCCCGCUCAGCCUGUUCAGCCCACUCAGCCUGUUCAGCCCACUCAGCCCACUGUGGAGACGAAAGUGACGAUGGAGCCGGUGCAGCAAGCUACGGUGAAUAUGGAUGCGGGAAUGGACUCGGAUAUUUCGGGAGAUGAAUGGCUGGAUGCUGGGGAUAUGGAGUCAUCGAAUUAAAUAAUAUAUUACUUAAUCAAUUAAAUAUUGUU